GAGACUGCCUGAGCUACAACCAGCAUCAAUCUCUGAGCGGAGCCACACGGCCAUGGCUAGUGCGAUUCCCAGUGGUAGCGAGGCUCCAGGGGAGUUGACCUGCCCCAUCUGCCUGGACGCCUUCCACUGCCCCUGCACGCUCAGCUGCGGCCACUCGUUCUGCCUCGAGUGCAUGGAGGGCGCCUGGGAUGCGGCAGAGUCCUUCUCCUGCCCACAGUGUCGAGUGACUUUCCCUCGGAGGCCCAAGCUGAACAAGAGCGUGACGCUCGCCAACCUGGUGGAGCAGCGUAGUACCGCAGAUGAAUUGGCCACCGUGGUCUUGUGUGACUUCUGCAACGAUGGCACGACCGCUGCCUCGAAGACCUGCCUCAGGUGUGAUAUGUCCUACUGUGUGACUCAUGUAAAACCUCAUCAGGAGAACCGGAAGUUCAGGGACCACAUUCUGGUGGAUCCAGGCACGAAUCCUGAAGAACGCAAAUGCAAGAAACACAGAAAGAAGAUCAAGUUUUACUGCCGACAGGACAAGAGCUUGGUCUGCACAACCUGCAACAUCGCAGGAGACCACAAGGGUCACGAUGUGGCUACGCUGGAGGAUGAGCACAAGACACGGGAGAAACAAGUGGGAGAGGAGACGCGGGCGGUGGAGGAGAAGAGGAGGGAGGCGGAGGAGUUCGUGAGGCGGAUGGAGGCCGCUCGCAGGGACGUGCAGGGAUCGAUGACCGGGGUGAGACAGCGAAUCAAUGGCGAGUUCGCCCGCAUGAGAGCAGCUCUGGACGAGGACGAGAAGGCGGCUCUGGCUCGUGCAGCCAUGAAGGAGCGCGAGCUGCUGACCCAGAUCGAGAAGAACAUCGCUCACUACCAGCGCGAGAUUGGGGAGCUCCAGGCAGCAGCCACUCGUCUGGAGGGCCUAGCGCAGGAGAGGGACUCGCUCGCGUUCCUGCAGGGGCACCUGGAGGAGACGCUCAGGUACAGACGACAAUCACUCACGACUCGACACACGACAACAUGGGACUGA